CUGAACUGCCAGCUGUGAACAUGUGUGCUGCUAGCUGCUCCUUCAGUCCAGUCAGUGUUCGCUGCGAGCUGAUGGCCAAGCACCGCUAGCAAGCGGCUAAAAACAACAACCCAGGUGCUACGUCUCCAUUCCUGAGCGCGUGGAUAACCUGUUUACCUGUGCUUCACCUGUCCCGGGUUAGUUAGUUAGAGAACCGCUUUACUUCAACACUGUGCUGCUGCUAAUUAUAAGCUAACAGCUAACCAGCUGCAGACUCUCCUUAAAAAAUGGCCACUGUGUCAAUUCCUGCUUGUACCACUGCACUCUUGCUGGAUAUCGAAGGAACAACAACACCAAUCACAUUUGUAAAGGAUAUCUUAUUUCCGUACAUCAGGGAGCAUCUCGAGGAAUACUUGUCCACUCACUGGGAGGAAGACGAGUGCAAACAAGAUGUCCAUCUCCUAAAGAAACAGAUUGAGGAGGACAUGAGACAGAACCGGUCGUGCCCCGUCCACACCGUGGACCAGACGGUCCACACAGACGAGGAGAAGGCCAUUAAGGAAGUGGUGGAUAAUGUGCUGUGGCAGAUGGCGGCGGACAGGAAGUCGACGGCACUCAAACAGCUCCAGGGUCACAUGUGGAGGGCGGCGUAUUCCUCGGGGAGAAUCAAAGGCGAGGUGUACCAGGAUGUAAUCCCGUCCAUUAAAACGUGGAGAGAACGAGGCCUCAAAGUGUUCAUUUACUCGUCUGGCAGUGUGGAGGCUCAGAAGCUGCUGUUUGGAUACUCAGUGGAAGGAGACGUUCUAGAUUUAUUAGAUGGACACUUUGACACCAAUAUAGGAGCUAAAGUGGACGCCAAAAGUUAUGAGAGGAUUGCAGAGAGGAUCGGUUGUCAACCAGAGGAAAUCACGUUCUUGACCGACGUCACUCGAGAGGCUAAAGCAGCUGAAGAAGCGGGGAUGAAGGUGGUGGUGGUGGUGCGACCCGGGAACAUGGAGCUGACGGAUGACGAGCGUUCCCACUAUAACCUGGUUUCAUCCUUUAGCCAACUUGAACUGACGGGACAGGUUUAACACGGAGCGAGGAGGCAGAAAACUUCUCUGACUUCAUUUCAUAAUGACCUGUUCCUUCUCUUCUUUGCCCUUCUCACCUCCCUCCCUUUUUUUUUUUUUUUUUUUUUGCAACUCUAAUGUUUUUGUUUGUUGACAGUUGAAGUUGUAGGAGGAGAUGCUGCUGGGACUCUCCCAGUCUGCCCAGUCUGCCUUUCACAUCUACGGAGCGUAAUCGCUCUCAUCGGACCAUUUGAUUGACUGUGAAGAGGAAAGAAAAGCUGUAAAUAAAUAAAUAAAAAAAAGAAACACAGCCUGAAGGGAAACUGCACACAACCUGUGAAGUUACUUUACCUUUUUACCUUUUACAUGAAGCGUACACGGUUGUUCUCCAAUCAGAACUUUCCAACUGUUUGUGUCGUAUUUGUCACCGUUUUGUAAACAUUUUUCCAUCCAUGUGCUGUUUUCUCCCUCUACACAUACACACGCGUGUUGCAGAAGUUUUAUCCAGUGAUUGUAAUGUUUUAGAAAGUAGUAGAAGCUACAGUAUAGAUGCACUGAGCAGAGACGCUGCUGACAGGAAGUUCUCAUUUCAGACUUUGUCUUGACUAGUCUCUCUCCCCUCAGCAGGUGAAUGGUGUCUAUUUAAAUGUGCCAUCCUUGUAAUGUUGGUGUUGGAAAGUUACCCUUAAAAAAAAUUGCCAAAUUGAUGAUUUAUUUGUGUGAAACAUAAUUGGUAUUAUUCAGGAAAUGAUCUAAAAACUUCCAAUAAAUGCCUUGUCUCACA